AUGGCCUCUCACAUCAUCCUCGGUGUAUACCUGAUCAUAUUCGGUCUUGGAACUGCCCUCCUCGAGUUCCAGAUUCCCCAGCAAGUGGCACGCUAUGCCUCCUUCAUGUUCUCUUUCCUCGGCCGCGGCAUCUUCUACAUCUUCAUCGGCUCCGUCAUUGUCGGUGAGCGCUGGUUCCGCAUUGUGCCAGGCACUAUCGUUGGCAUAAUCGGUGUGGGCUACGCUGCUCUGGAGUUCAUUCCUUCUAUUGAGCCCCCAGCGAACAUGCGGUACGACUUCAACACACUUUGA